UAUUUUAUGGUUGUAAAAACGGUUUCAUAAAGUUGGGAAAUAAAAGCGCACGUACACGUGCGCUUCUUAAUAAAAAUCAAAAAUCGACCCGUAGGUCCACUUUUACAAUUAGACCCGCAACAAUUUCGCCCAAGUAGUUGAUUCAUUACCAUGUCAGCGGCUGCAGGAAUUGAUGACGAGCUCACAAAAGCUGCUCAGCAGCUGCAGCCGCCGUCAACGGAAACAUCAAUACCAGUGGUUGCAGAAAUUGCUGCAUCUAGCAUACGCUCUGGGCUUGCUGAAUUGGAACUACGAUCCUCGCAAGUGCUGCAGCGGUUGGAGAAUGUGAAAAGUAGUGUGCAGCAGGAUGCUUACAAACCAGCACAAACAUCUGAAGACAGCAACGAUGAGAUGGCGAGUAAAAUUGGACACGAAGUGGCUACUGUGCUGGAUACGCAGCUGCUUCACGAACGUCGUGUCCCGUCAGAUAUAUUAAAGUCGCUGGAACAACUCGUCGCCUAUUCGGAGAGUGACGACGAUCCCGAGUUUCCGUUACCGGCACUGGAUGAUGUAUCUCAUUUGGCAUUGAUAUCACACAGCAUUGUAGCGUAUCUGUCGCACUUAGACAGGCAGCAUUUACUGCGUGUAACAAACACCAUUUCAGGCGAUGCUACACGCUGGCUUGGUACGCUCUUCCACUUUGACAAUGCAGCGAGUAGCUUUCAUGCAGAUAAUGCGGAUGCAGUUUUGCGCAUAGUUCGCCUGGCCAUAGUGGCACGUUGUCCAGGGUAUUUAGAGGGUGGCAUUCCAGCGUUGGCUCAGCCUUGUUUUUAUAUAUCGGAAAAUACAACGCCAGUUCGACUCCAAUAUGCGUGUAGACAGUUGAGCAUACCGCUGGACGCCAUUAAAGUGAUACCACAGAAUAGUAAGUACGGAACCAUGGAUCUGGCGCAACUACAAAAACAGGUGCAGCUGGACUUAAGCGCCAAUCGGACUCCGCUGCUUGUGGUCGCAGAUAUUGGGGCGUCGUUGUGCGGACAUGUGGAUAAUUUGCAACGCAUGCGCGAUAUCUGCAAGACGGAAAACAUGUGGCUGCAUGCCACUGGUCAUGGUUUGGCCGCAUUGGUUUGCGCACAGAGUCCUGGGAACGUUAAUGAUGUAGUUCAUUCAAUGGCGUUAAAUUUAGGCAGUUGGUUAGGAGUGCCCAGUUUGCCGAUUGUGCUCUUGCAUCGACCGUUGUUAAACAUUGCGCUGAGCGCUUUUGAAUCGGAUCCUAUAUUAUCACGGCGCCUUAAUGCAUUGUCCCUGUGGACAAGUUUACAAGCGCUCGGUCGUAAGACGAUUGCCGAACGUUUGCAUGUUGCAUUUCAGACUUGCAAUAUUCUGUACGAGAUCGCAUCAAAAUGUGAAGGCAUACGUGUGCUGAGUCACACACCCGGUGCUCAAACCGGCGCCGCUUUGUCGGACAUCCUCAAAAGCCCCUUUGAUGUCAACACCUUGUUCGAUGCUGCUGCUCCCGUAGUCGUCUAUCAGUUUGAUGGCAGCACAGCUGUCCUGACUACGUCCUCUGUGGAAACAGAUGACGCCGAAGCAGCUCUAAAGCCUUUAGAGAAACUUAAUAAUGCUUCAUACUUUGAUCGUCUUAACUCUUGGCUGGGACAAAUUCUGCAACGCGAUUGCCCAAAUCUCGAUUUUGAAGUCAUUGAACAUCCCACACAUGGAGGCUGCAUACGUUAUUGUCCACUAGAAUUGGGGCUGGGUGAGCAACCACCCACUUCAGAGAAUCUGGAAAGCUUUGCACAGAGUUUGGAGACACAUGUAGAUAUAUUGCGUGCAACCAUCAAGCACAAGGCGCGCUUUAUUCACCUGGUUGAAAAGAGCGACGUAUUGCGUCUGGUGCCGCUGCCCGAAUGGGCAGGCAUGGGUGGCGUGCGCUUUGUGCCAGAGGGUUGGGAAUCCUUGCUCACAGAUCAGGCGAAAACGGAACUCAAUAAGCUUAACAUUGACCUAGUGGAAGCGCUUAAAUCAACGGAUAAUGCCUUUUCGCUUGUCGAGGGCCCGGAUGGCCUCAUCUGUGUACGCUUUGGUAUGGUAACUCACGAAACGGAAGUAGAAGAACUUCUUGAUCUGGUGGUUACUAUGGGCAAAAGUGUGCAAGAAAAUUCACGCGUGCUAGACACCAUGUCUGAAAUAGUGAAGAAAGGAAUUGAAGCUGCUACAGCGGAUUUGCAACGCGAGACCGAAGAGAAACUGUGGCAGGAGGGUAUCUUACGCCAUGUGCCAGUGGUAGGGCGCGUAUUCAACUGGUGGUCACCGCCAGCAAAAGAGUCGGGUAUUAAGGGUCGCAGCCUUAAUUUGACACAAGGUGUUGUUGAAAGCACCGAGAACAUUUACAAAUACCACAUGCAAAUGUCUGGAGCUACAGCACAUCAAUUGCCUGCAAAUCGCUCACCGCCCACACCCAUGGUACAAACGCCUGUUGGAAACCCUACGACGCCGGCUGAAUUCCCAACCGUGGAGCCUGUGGUGACUUCUACAAAUGCCGAUUUGCCAGCAGAUGCGGCAACAGCAGCUGCUGUUGCGCCAACGCCGACAGCCUCAGUAAAUAGGAGCAGCGCAGGAACGGGCAACCAUGUUAGCCAUGGGCGGACUGCCAGUCAGAGCAGUGCUGGCUCCUCUUCUGUGCCUGAGCUUGUUGCUGUGAACAGUGCAAUAAACAAUAACUAAGUUAAUAAAAAUUCCCACGUAAUAUGCUUUUGAUGAUAAACAUAACACAGACAACGAAAAGGCGCUUGGAUAAUUGUCAACCCUCCUCACCACUUCCCUCACUACUAUUGAAAGCAACCAAUUACUUAAAAAUAAAAACCUUAAACAAUUCCAAAGAACGUUGAUAGAAACUUAACAUUAAAUAAGGUUCGUUUUUGGUGCUUCCCCUGGGCCGUUCGCUGAUCUGACCGCAGUUUUGCUUCCAUAUGACUAUUUUUAUGUUUUAGUUACACAUGUUUUGUUGAGUAAGCGUGUACUCGUAUGUAUGAAAAACCAUCCAUAUCUUAUGUAUUUAUGUAUGUAUGUAUAUCAAACAAUUGGCCGGAAUGCAUUUCGUGCUACAUAUUAAUAUUUAUUGUUUUAGACACACAUAUUUGCUUUUAUUUUUUAGUUAUAAUCGUUUUUCCAAACAAUAAGUUGUAAAAAAUAAUUACAUACCAUAUAAAAUAAAAGGAAUGCAGGCCAAGCAACCAAGCCAAUUAAAUGCGCCUCGUUUUCAUGAGAAGCAAUAA